AAGCCAUCCUCCCUCCUCCUGUAGAUCCAUCAGUGUGCAGGCAGGAGACGGAUGCAAGCUCUCCUCCCUCCCGCUCUGCUGCGUCCAUCCAUUCUUGUACCCACCCAUCCACCUCUCCAUCCACCCAUUCAUUUUCCAAGGGCGUCACAGAGUGGGACAAGACUCGACCGAGAGGCACAUACAUGUGUACGUGUGCAUGCGUGAGUCGUCCGUGUGUGUGUGUAGGCGACGUGUGCGUGUGGUCUGCCCGUGGAUCCGCUGACAUGAGGAGCUGAAACAGAACCGACAGAAGGAUGAAAAUGCUUCGGUUCCGCAGCCCCAGCAUCCGCUCCUUGGACCAGGAGGUCCCCUGCACGAUCCGGUUACUGGACGACUCCGAGAUCUCCUGCAGCAUCCAGAGAGACACCAAAGGCCAGUUCCUGUUGGACCAUGUAUGUAACCACUACAACCUGCUCGAGAAGGACUACUUUGGUAUUCGAUAUGUGGACCCAGAGAAACAGAGGCACUGGCUGGAGCCCAAUAAGCCUGUGGUGAGGCAGAUGAAGUCAGCUCUGCAGCCAUACACCAUGUGCUUCCGGGUGAAGUUUUAUCCGAACGAGCCCAUGAAAAUCAAGGAGGAGCUCACCAGGUAUCUCCUGUACCUCCAGUUGAAGAGGGAUAUCUACCACGGUCGUCUCCUCUGUCCAUUUGCAGAAGCUGCAUAUCUGGGAGCCUGCAUCAUACAGGCUGAGCUCGGGGAUUACGACCCAGAGGAGCACCCAUCAGACUACAUCAGUGACUUCAAGCUCUUCCCUAAACAAUCCCUCAAACUGGAGAGGAAGAUUAUUGAAUUGCAUAAGAAUGAGCUCAGGGGCCAGUGUGCCGCAUUUGCAGAGUUGAACAUGCUCCAAAGGGCUCACAGCCUCGAAACCUAUGGAGUGGACCCUCAUCCAUGCAAGGACUUUACAGGCUCCACAGCCUUUCUCGGGUUCACAGCCACAGGUUUUGUGGUUUUCCAGGGAAACAAGAGGAUCCACCUCCUCAAAUGGGUGGAUGUCAGCAAGCUGAAGUUCGAAGGGAAAACCUUUUACGUCAUAGGGAUCCAGAAAGAGAAGAAACUGGUGUUGACAUUUCACACCUCGACCCCUGCAGCGUGUAAGCACUUAUGGAAGUGUGGGGUGGAGCACCAGGCUUUUUACAAGUGCGCCAAGUCGAGUCAGAUAAAGACAGUUUCCAGCAGUAACAUCUUCUUCAAAGGCAGCAGAUUCAGAUACAGCGGAAAAGUUGCAAAGGAGGUGAUUGAAGCCAGUUCUAAGAUUCAGAGAGAACCACCACAAGUGCGCAGGGCCCAGUUUGGUCAGAGUCGAAGUUUUAACUCACUGAGCCAUAAAAACCUCAUCAUGAACAUGGAGCCUCUGGUACCUGCACUGCCCUCCACCAACGAAUAUGAAGAGACAACCACAGACAAUGGUGUUGUUGCCGUGAAGGACCCGGUUCCCUUGUCUCCUCUCAGGCCUUCAGCCACACCCAAAGACACAGAGCAACAAGGCACUGAAGCUGGAGCAAACUCUGCUUUGAGCAAUGACCUGCAUCCUCCCUGUGUUUCCAUGGAAACCUCACAUCUCCGACCACAGUUACCCAAAGCUGAAGAUAAAGGGGAGGAAGACGACGAGGCCGGUGGCACACUCACAAUCUCUGAGCUUGCCUACAGCCCCUGUGCCAGCAUGCUGCCCACCCCAGUGGACGACAGUCAGGGAGGCGUCGACCUGCUCUUCUCCUCUCCAGUACAGAGCCCUGUCAGGCUGCUGAGGGAGCUCCACGCCGACCCUGACAUCCAGGCCCAGCUGGAGGCUGAGAGGGAGCGAGACCGGGCAUAUGAGCGCACCCGACUGGCUGCGAGAAGUCAAAUGGGUGGAGUCCUGAGCAGCAGCCUGCGCCUGCUGUCGUCCAAUGAGAGAGUCAAUGCAUGCGUGCUGAGUGUGGCCCGCUUUGUUGCGGUGGUAAUGGGCGUGCUGCUUGUCACUGUGCCAACGCUGCUGCUACUGCUGGAGUCUGACAUUGACGUGUCAUUCCUCCACGAGAUCCGCCAGACGCCGGAGUUUGAGCAGUUUCACUAUGAGUAUUACUGCCCGUUUCGACGCUGGAUCCUGUGUAAGAUCAGCAUGGCCAUGGAGCAGCUCUGGUCAGACUGAAGAGGACAAGGAUGAAAUGGAAAUGAGAAGUCAGCGUGCGUGAAUCGAAUAUGCCCAAAUGUCUGUUUUAACAACUAAUUUCUCAUAUCUCAUAAUCAGUCUUAACAACUGGUGUCUCUUGAAACUAAAGUUUGCCAAUGGUAUAAAAUUAUUUCACCUAUGCCAUUUAUUUUACAAGCAGGAGAAAUGCAUAACCUAGGAGAACUCCACAAAGUUGUAGUCAUAUAUUUGACUGAAAGGGGCCUCAGAUGGAAGCACUGACCUUGUUCCCUUAAUGAAUGUGCCGCUUGGAUUAUUUCUGCCCGAAACUAGAUUUGUUUCACCGCUUUGGCAGCAUAAUUAUUGUCUUAAAGAAAUUGAAAGAUAUGGUAUAAUCAUAGGAUCCAAUUACUUGUUAAGAUGGACACUUGGACAGUGAUGGACUGAAAAAAAUAGAGAAAGAAAUACUGUUAUUGUUCAAGGAAGAACUUGUGGAAGUGAGAGAUUCAGGAAAAUAAAAAAUGGGAAGAGUCAUGAAAAGUCACAAAAGGAAAAAGAAGUUGGUUUUGGUUUACGAGAAGUUGUAAUGGUCUGUUCACUCCUGAUGCUGACAAGUUGAUGCAGAGACUCUUUGGUAAACAUCACAAACCAUUUUGAUUGGGUCUCGUCCUCAGAGCAGAGUACCUGAUUGGCCACAGAGCCUGUCAGUCAUGACGGAGUGGGUGGCAACAGAGAGCGAGAGAUUAUUGAUUUGUCACAGAAUGCAACAAUAGCCACAGUCAGAGGUACAUAUAUAUAUUUAAAAACUGAGAAUAUUGAUAAUUAAUUCCAAUCUUAAAUAAGUUGUUUUUAAUGUUUUGUAUAUUUUUAUGUGAUCCAGAUCUUUGAGGAUUUUUUCAGUCAGAUGAUCUACUUUGAUCUUAUUUUGAAAUUAAGAAUUUACAACAGAAAAAUGCAAAUUUAUUGACGUUUAUCGGGGUGAUGGGUGUUGAGAAAUGUAAGCUAUUUUUUCAGACUACAGUCAAUAUUUGUUGACUUGGUAGCAGCACCCUGGGUUUUUCCUACAGAGGCUAUAGCACAAAUCUUUUACACAGACCACAGAUUACAACUGUUUCAGAUUAUGUGAUGUCAUUUUGGAAAACAGGAGGGUGGAAAUAGAGAAACCUCAGUCCGUUUUUGUGUUUUGUUGAACAUCUAAAUGUUAGCUCAUUGAUCAAGGCUAGUAAGUUCAUCUUUCAACAUGGUUUUACGGGAGGAAAAAAUCACUGUUUGGCAAAUUUAAUUGCAAAUUUUAGCUUGAGUUACAGUAGGAUGGUACAUUCAAAAUACCCAGAGGAAUAGGUGUGGGUAGUCAAACUACACUGCUGGUACAUGACACUGGAUGGGACAUGUGACGUGUUUAGACCAUGUCCUGAUGUAGAACAUGUUGAACAGGUAGAGUACAGUGUUAGGUAUUUAACUUACAGGAGCAAAAUAGAAAUGAUCUGUAGCCAUUUGUGAGAAGAUCAGUGAUAGUAUCACUGAGAUAUCAUGCGUUUAUCAUUAAAAUAACUUCAACUGUUUUUAUCAUUCAACAGAGACAGUGCAUUUUCAUUUUAAUCAGUGACCGACAAGACAGAGUUAUCGGGAGUUAUUGAUGGAGAAGGUGCUUGGAGUGGAACAUGUUUUUUGUAGAUACAGCGUAAGGUGUGUUCAUGAACAGAGAGGUAUAGUGAUGAGAAAUAAUUUCCACAUCAAAUGAAAACAUGCUGUUAAGAAAAAAAAAAAGGUGUGUUCAAAAUGUAGUUUGGUGUGGAUCAACUUCUCAGGAAAGGGCAUUAGCAGUUUAUGUUAAAAAAAAAAGAUGUAUAUGUCUAAGAAAUACAAAAAAUGUUAAACAAAAACAAUCCAUCAAAUCACAGCAUAAACCCGAUACAUUAUCCAUAACAUUCAUAAAUUCAUGUCUUACUAUUAUGAAUAUCCAAACACUAUUUAUUUAUGCCAAGUCUGAAGCAAUACAUAAAUAUGGCUGAAGAUUGUCUGUGUUAUUGUAGCCUCAUUCACUCCAGUACAAAUAAUACCCAAGAAGUCUUUACGGUUGAGAGCCAAUAAUGGCAGUUUGGCUUUCGUAGCCGAACAUCCAUACUGCUUCAUGGCAAAGUGGACAGUCAUGACAGCUAAUAAGCAGUAAACUACUAUCAAGGAACUCAAACAAUAUUCAGAAAAAAAAGUGAUGGUUUAAAAAGUUUAUUUUCACUCCAUACUCAUUGUAGGUUGGCUGCUACAGAGGCCACUGUAAUGCACAUUACCAUACAAAUAUUCUCAUUAUAUUCUAUCCAAUGUUGCUGCCUCAUACUAUCGGCUGUGUCGUCAUGUAACUCUGUAGACCGUAUGCAUUAACAAGAUUUAUGCAUUUAGAAAAUAUGCAGUGAAAACAGAAACACGCUUAUUUGGGACAAGACAUUUAUUUUCUCACUACAGGACAUGCACUGAGUUCUGAUGCUGAAACCAAGCAAAAGGGCCGAACCACUAUGAUGAUGAUCUCUGAGAUGAGCAGCUCCACUGCGGUGGAUGAGGCUGUUCUGUGUGCACUAGGUAAAUGAUCACCAUCAUCACACGACGACUCCCAGAGGAGGGUGUCAUCAUGAUCUGUCGUCGUGAGUAACUGUUGCUCCUCCAGUAUGCACACGCACAAAAAUGCUCAAGCGAUUCACUGUACCUGUAGGUUAACAAAAAAAAUCGGAAAAGGCUUAAUUUACACAACUUGAUUUCAGUACUCCGUCCUCCUCCAACCAACCUGGGAAUCUGUCACUCUGAUAUUUUGGCUGAAUGCUCAAUGCAAAUCGCAUGCCCUCAUCUGUAAAUAUUGUCUUUAUAGUUGUGGCAAAAAAAACCAACCCAAUCCGGGUAAAGACCUUCUAUCUUUCUUUCCUCUGUGUGUCUUGUCUGUGUAAAGCUAUCUAGAUAUAGGCUUGGCUGUACUGACCAUCUUAGAUGACUGCAUGUUCUCUGGUGUUUUCUGGCAACAAGAGGAAGCGAAGGAGAGUCUGAGACAUUAAAGGCCUUUCUUGAAUCUAAAUUAGGCUUCAGUACUCCGAGAUUUAAAAAAAAAAAACACUUUUAGAAACCAAAGUGCAACAUGCAGUGUGUUUUUGACUUUAUUUUAAUCGCUGAUUUGACUGAGAGGUUGCCAAUUCUGUGGGCUUGUCACAAAAUCAAAACAGAAUUUUCUCUCAGUUGAAUUAUGUCUCAGCACAAAAAAGAUGACUUAUUGGUUUUUGGUAUUUGGUAUUUUUGCAAUUUUCUUAAAAAGCAGCUCUUAAAUAAUUUGACUAGUGAGCUUCAUCAUGCUUUUGCUGUGUGUGUAACUCAUGAAAGCCAGAUGCUAAAUGCCAAUGCUAACACCUAACCUCGUUGCCAAUGGAGCAUGCUAAUGGCCGGAUCAAUUGUUAAGACGUUCCAUCAUUCAAGAUGUUUUAAAAAACAACAACACGGUGGAUGGAAAGUGAAACUAUACAAUUCAACUAUCAAUGCAAAAAAUAAAAAAAAAAAUAAAAAAAAUAAAGGUCUUUUGUUCUGAUAAAAACAGAUCUUUGAGUCAACGAGACUGUAGCAUUGUAUUAGUUUGUAGCUCAUUUAUCAAUCGAAGUCUUUAUGAGUUUAGAAGGGAAUUUAACCCCUUUGAGAUUUAGCUCUUGUUUUGAGCUACUGAACUAGUUCCUGUGUUUUACAAACUGCAUAUGGAAAGAGAAACUGUUUUUUUCUGCCUGUACGCACAUUCAACUGUGAUGAAAGCGUCAUCGAGCACCAGUUGAUGUCACAUCUGAUGUCUUACUUGAGCUGAAUUCACCAAGUUCCUGACAUGAGUCAAGUAUUUACAAACCUUGAAUUGAAUUACCUACCUUUGAUUAUUAGUAACAAUAAAAAUACUUUACAGACGACGAACACCUGGAAUUCAACUGUUCAAACUAACACACGAAUACUGCUUUUAUUUACUUGAUUUAGGAUUUUAAAUAUUUGAACUCAGGUCAACUAUAUGCAAAUCUACUAGACAUCAUUUGACAUGAGAUAAAAUAAACUGUAUAUUAUUUUAGCGUUGGGUAGGCAUGUACAGUAGCAGAUUCUCUUGCACGGUCACUUUGUUGUUUUUGAUUGUUUGUCAGACUGAUUGUUUUGUUGUUUUAUUGGUAAGUCUGAUUGAUUUUUUUUGUCACCCAGUCUCUUUUAAAAACAAACUCUGGGACAUUUAAUUUAUCAAGAAAAAGAGAAGAAAAAAAUCCCUAAGUAAUGACCCCCUCUCUUCUGGGACAACCAAGCCUUAUGAAUUUUGUGAAGUGAAAAUUUUGAAUGUUUGUAUGUUAUAAAAGAAAACACGGAUUGUUUUAUAUGUUAAUACUGCCUCAAUAAAGCUCCCUAAUGAAUAUAUAUUGAAA